UGUACUAUGUGCAAGUUUUUAUGAGUUUAUGUAAGAAUACAACUUGUUUUAUUGAUUCUUUCGUUUCAAUGCCCUCUACAAGACGAUGUGCGAGUACGCCGCCUUGCGAGGUAUAUUCGAACUGCAACCAUUUGGCGUCAACCAAGAUGGCCUCCUCCGCGAAACACAGCGUAGCCUUCCUGUUUAUUCUCGGGGUUCUAACGGCUCCUGCGAUGUCUGUCUACACUCUGACGGACUCAGGCGGGCUGGGGGCGAGGUUUGACGGGGUGGGAGGCCUGAGCGGCGGCGGGGCGACCUCGCGCCUCCUGGUGAGCUACCCCGAACCCUACCGGUCCCAGAUCCUGGACUACCUGUUCAAACCCAACUUCGGAGCCGCGCUGCAGAUUCUCAAAGUGGAGAUAGGUGGAGAUGCCCAGAGCUCCGAAGGCACGGAGCCGUCUCACAUGCACAGCGCGUCGGACCAGAACUACACCCGCGGGUACGAGUGGUGGCUCAUGCGGGAGGCCAAGCAGCGCAACCCGGGCAUCAAGCUGUACGGGCUGCCCUGGGCCUUCCCGGGCUGGGUGGGCGGCGGCCAGCCCUACCCCAACCCAGAACCAACAGCAAACUACGUCACCCACUGGAUCCUCGGUGCAAAAAAGGUCCACAACCUCACCAUCGACUACGUGGGGGUUUGGAACGAGAAGGAAUAUGACGUCAAGUACAUCAAGACCCUGAGGAAAACGUUGGACGACAAUGGUCUAGGUCACGUGACGAUCGUGGCCGCGGACGGCGAUUGGCUGCGGAUUUCAGAAGAGGUUAUGGCGGAUCCUGAGCUGGCUAAAGUGGUGGAUAUCAUUGGCGCUCACUACCCGGGGACUAACAGUAUACCAAUGGCGCAGGCUACAGGGAAACCCUUAUGGGCUUCAGAAGACUACAGUACGUUCAACGACCCCAAGGGAGCCUCGUGUUGGGCACGGAUUCUCAACCAGAACUACGUCAACGGUCACAUGACCAGCACCAUCGCAUGGAACCUCAUCGCCAGCUACUACGACAAUCUGCCCUACAGGAGAGAUGGUCUGAUGACAGCCAACCAGCCCUGGAGCGGUCACUACGAGGUCAGUGACCCCGUCUGGGCGACGGCCCACACCACCCACUUCACCGCCCCCGGCUGGACGUACCUGAAGGGAGUGGGUCAUCUGGACGGCGGCGGGAGCUAUGUGGCCUUGACUGACGGGAAGGGUGGUCUGACGAUCGUCAUAGAGGCCAUGAGUCACCAGUAUUCCAAAUGCGUCCGCCCCCUUCUCCCGCCUUACUCCGUCGCGGCGAAGCAGAUCGUCAACUUUCAGCUGGGCGGCGCUUUUGAGAAGAUCACCCACCUGUGCGUCUGGUUCUCGAAAUUUGUCGGGAACUCGACGGCCCGGUUUCAGAGGAGGGAUCCUCCUAUCAAGGUCACGGGCGGCCAUUUUUCUGUAGAAGUGGAGGAGAAUUGUUUAUAUACUCUAACCACGAUAGAAAAGGUUCGACAGCCUCCCACAGAUUACCCAGACUCCCCUGCGCCGGCGCCGUUUCCAAUUCCUUAUAAGGACAACUUCGACGGCCAAUCGGACUCCAGCGAGGCGCGGUACUUUGCAGACCAGACGGGUGUGUUUGAACUUUUCGUGAACGAGAGCAGUCCGAAUCACCAGGGAACGAUGAGACAGGUCGUCACGUAUAGGCCGAUCUUCUGGUGCAAGAAAGGUCCCACGGAUUCACCAAUCAGCGUCCUCGGGGACUACAACUGGACUGACGUCACGGUCAGCUGCGAUGUCCUUGUAGAGCAGCAAGGGGGCGCUUUUGUGGCGGCGCGAGUGGACCGGGGCGGCUGCCUCAUCAAGGAUGCCCUCGGCUUCUUCCUCUGGCUGUUUGCAGACGACACCUGGGCGCUGUCCUACGACAUCGCUCUGAAAAAUAUCGUCAAACAAGGGAAGCUAAACGCCACGGUAGUUGGCCAAUGGCAUCGGUUAGAUCUGUACGUGAAAGGGGAUAUUGUAAAAGGGUCGAUAAAUGGACGAGUUCUAUUUGAUUUCAGGACAGGACCGCUUCCUAUGAAGAAAGGCUUUGCCGCCAUUGGAAGUCUGGACUUCAAAAAUGUACAGUUUGAUAACUUUGCUGUAGACAGAGCAAAGUAGCAUUGACAAUACCAAUAUUCAAACUCUUUAGAUGACUAAAAAUAUUGAACGAACAAUGUUGAAAACAAAGCUAUGGAUACAUGUAAAUUUGGAUGAAAAUUGUUAGAGUCAGGAACUCCCAGGAAAGAAAACCUUCCAGAGUA